GCUUCUUGGCAAAGGACGCCCCGCCCCUUGGCUCCAAGGCCCUAGUCCCGAUUCCAGGCCCCUACUCGCGUCGCGACGCAAGCUGUCCUGGGAAGGCCGCGGCGCUGUGGUGCGGCGUGGGUGCCGGGUUCUUUCGUGGAAAAACGCAAAGCGAUGAUGAGUGAUCGGUGGAGGCAGUAACCGGCGGGCGACAGGGACGUGAUUCCCAAAGAAUCAAGGCUGGGCCGGAACCGGUGGCCUGGCAACAGGAUAGGUAAUACAAGAAAUGAAGCCAACAGGUACAGACCCAAGGAUCUUAUCUAUAGCUGCUGAAGUUGCAAAAAGCCCUGAGCAGAAUGUCCCUGUUACACUGUUGAAGUUAAAAGAAAUAAUAAACAACACACCUUUAGGAAGCUCAGAGUUGAAGAAAAUCAAACAAGAUAUAUAUUGUUAUGAUCUCAUUCAAUAUUGCCUCUUGGUCCUCAGUCAAGAUUGUUCUCAAAUCCAGGGUGGUUGGAAUACCAUUUCCCAGCUUACACAGAUAUUAAGCCAUUGCUGUGUGGGAUUGGAGCCAGGAGAAGAUGCAGAGAAAUUUUACAAUGAAUUACUUCCAUCAGCUGCAGAAAAUUUUCUAGUUUUGGGGAUACAAUUACAAACAUGUUUUAUCAAUGCAGCUAAGGCUGAAGAAAAAGAUGAAUUACUACACUUUUUCCAUAUUGUGACUGAUUCUCUCUUCUGGCUUGUGGGAGGCCAUGUUGGACUUAUUCAGAAUGUACUACACAGUGAUCAUUUCUUACACUUACUGCAAGCUGACAAUGUCCAAAUAGGAUCUGCAGUCUUGAUGAUGCUACAGAAUAUACUACAGAUCAACAGUGGUGAUUUACUCAGAAUAGGAGAAAGAGCCCUGCAUUCCAUUUUAGAUGAAGUUAUUUUCAAGCUUUUUUCAACUUCUAGUCCACUCGUAAGAAGUACUGCUACAAAACUCCUACUGUUGAUGGCUGAAUCCCAUCAGGAAAUUUUUAUUUUACUGAGACAAAGUGCCUGCUACAAAGGACUCAGACGUCUACUAAGUAAACAGGAAGCUGGGACGGAAUUCAGUGAAGAACUUAGACAGCUCGUAAGCCUUUUAAGCCCAACAGUCUAUCAGGAAGUAGAAGAGCAGAAACUACAUCAAGCAGCAUGCUUGAUUCAAGCCUAUUGGAAGGGUUUUCAGACAAGAAAGAGAUUAAAGAAGCUUCCAUCUGCUGUGAUUGCUUUGCAGAGAAGUUUCAGAUCUAAACGAACAAAGAUAUUGUUGGAGAUAAAUAGGAAGAAGGAAGAAGAGGACCUCAGAUUACAGUUGCAACUUCAAAGACAGAGAGCCAUGAGACUUUCCCGAGAAUUGCGGCUGAGUAUGCUGGAAAUAGUUCAUCCAGGUCAGGUGGAGAAACACAAUCGAGAAAUGGAAGAGAAAUCAGCAGUGAUUAUCCAGAAACAUUGGAGAGGGUACAGGGAAAGGAAAAAUUUUCGCCAACAGAGGCAGUCUCUCACAGAGUAUAAAGCAGCUGUCACACUUCAAAGAGCAGCGCUUAAAUUCCUAGCAAAGUGCCGUAAGAAAAAGAAAUUAUUUGCUCCUUGGCGAGGACUUCAGGAACUCACUGAUGCACGCCGAGUUGAACUAAAGCAACAAGUAGAUGACUAUGUCAGAAGACAUUUGGGCUCUCCAAUGCCAGAUGUGGUCAGUAGGGAGCUCCAUGCCCAAGCUCAAGAACGACUGCAACACUAUUUUAUGGGCAGGGCCCUAGAAGAGCGAGCCCAGCAGCACAGAGAAGCUCUGAUGGCACAAAUCAGCACCAACGCUGAACAGCUAAUGAUGUUCUGGCACUUCAGAGAGACAUGAGAUUGAGCCCUACUGACAUAGCUUGGCACCUAUGAAAGUCUGCCAGGAAGGAAAAAUGCAGCUGAAGACUGCUGCAUCCAUGCCCCAGGACAGGGGCCCUCAACUGCAGAUGAACACGCCAGGUGAGCAGGGGGAGAUGGAGAUUUCUGACUGAGCUCUGCCUGUCAGAACAGCUGUCACGUUAGAUUCUCAAAGGAGCAAGAACCCUCCUAUGAACUGUACACACGAAGACUCUAGGUUGCAUGCUCCCUAUGAGACGCUAACUACUGCUUAAUAAUCUGAGGUGGAAGAAUUUCAUCCCGAAACCACUCGCCCCUUGUCUUCCAUGAAACCAGUGCCCUGGUGCCAAAAAGUUGGGGAAAACUACCCCAGCACAUUAAGAAGCCCAGGUCAGAGGAGAUCCAGGAACUUGCUCUUCCAGUCAUCACCUCCCUGUCCCCUUCCUGAAAGUGCGUUUUCUCUGUAUUGCUGAUACCAAUGUCCCCUCCUACAGAUCCUGUCCAGCACAAGCCCCUACUGUUAUGGAUACACUGCAGUACAAGCAUGUGGAUGGGGCUUAAAAUCUAGUAGUCUUGCCAGUUCUUUGGUUUCCCUGCCUAUGAAGGUCAAGGAAUUCAGAAGAAUGGUCUUUUUUAGGCUUGGACUAUGUGGUGUUUGGUACACUCUGGAUCCUUCUGGGAAUUUUGCUCAUGAGGGAAAUACAACAGAUAAAGACCCACGGCAGGGCAAGUAUACAGAGAUAUUUUCAUACAAAAUCCAAAUUUCUUAAUUGAGGCUUAUCUUCACCCCUUGAGAAUCCUGCCUGCUUAAUGAGGAUUUUUAAUUUAAUGACUGUAUUUAAAACAACUUCUAGAGACCAGCUAUGUGAGAGAUACGCACAUCAUUAGGAAGCAGUGGCACCUGUUGAUGCAAUCUGCUGGGCGUCUCGGUACUGAACAGCUGCAGUUGAUAUUCAGCAACUUUCUGUUGUUCAUUGAAGUCCUGGAGGGCCUACAGAACAUGUUCCAAGCCCUGGCUCAUGUCGGGCUUCGAAAAGGCUGCGGCUCUAGCUAGACUAUUAGUUUCAGUGGCCCUGCCAUGGAUCUACCACUUGAUUGCACACCUUAGUUUUGCCUCCUUCUCGUUAUAGAUCCCAUGAAGCUUCCCUGAAAAUAGUUACUUCUGUAAACAGUAUCUUUGGCAAGAGUAAAUAUGGAGAAACAAAAGCAUAAUGACAAAGGUAAUCACAGUUAAACUACAGAGACCUUUUGUUUUUUGAAGACCUGACUUAGCUGGGAAACAUUCCAUCAGUUCCUAUGCUCUGUAGAGAUUGUAUAGCAUAGGAAAUGUCUGUUCCUUGAAAGCUUGUCUUAGUCUGGGAUGCUAUAACACAAUACCAUAGACUGGGUGUCAUAUAAACAACAAAAAUUUAUUUCCAUAAUUCUGGAGUUUGAGACGUCUAAGAUGAAGGUAGAUUUGGUGUUGCGUGAGGGGUCACUUCAUGACUCAUAGACCUCAUCUUCUCAUUCAUCAUCACAUAGCAAAAGAGAUGAGGGAUCUAAGCACAGUGGCUCAUGCCUCUAUUACUAGCACUUUGGGAGGCCAAGGCAAGUGUAUUGCUUGAACCCAAGAGUUCAAGACCAGGCUGGGCAACAGGCAAAAUCUAAUCUCUACGGAAAAAAACUCAAAAAAAUUACCUGCGCAUGGUGGCCCACAUCUGUAGUCCCAGUUAGUCAGGAGGCUAAAGCGAAAAAAUCACCUAAGUCCUUGAGGUUGAGGUUACAGUGAGCCAAAAUUAUGCCACUGCACUCCAGCCCAAGUGACAGAAUGAGACCUUGUUGCCAAAUAAAAAAAAAAAAGACAAGGGAGCACUCUAAGGUCUCUAUAUGGGCACUAAUCUCAUUCAUGAGGUAUUUACCUUCAUGACCUAAUUAUCUCCCAAAGGGCCUACCACUUCAUAUAAAAUUGACAGGACAUCAACAUAUGAAUUUUGAGGUGCACACAAAUUUUCAGUCUAUACCAAAACCCUAAAAGCAAUUGCCUAAAAAACUAUCUUGAUUGUGUGCUCUUCUGUGAUUAACAGCUUUUAAAUAUUUUUUCUAGAAGUUGACAAAUUCCGUUACUUUUUCUUGAGUCAAAUUUGGAAAUAUGUGAAUACACAUACACUCCUUUAUUUUUUGGCACAGUUUUAGCUGUACAGAUACAUUGAGCAGAUACACAGAGUUUUAUAUGCUCAUAUCAUCCUCCUCCAACUUCCCACUUCUCAACAGUUCCCCUAUUAUUACCAUGUUUAUUACAUUUGAUGAACUAAUAUUGAAACAUUAUCAUUAACUAAAGUCCACAGUUUACAUUAAAGUGUACUCUGUUGUACAGUUCCAUGGAGUUUCACAAAUGCCUACUGCCACGUAUCAGCCAUUACAGUAUCAUACAGUUUCUCUGCCUAAAAUUACUCCCUCUGUUCUAUGUAUUAAUCCUUCUUUGCCCCUUCCCAACCUCACCCAUGACAUCCAUUGAUUUUCUUUUACUGUUUCUAUAGUUUUACCUCUUUCAAAAUAUCAUAUUGCUGGAACAUAGUAUAUAGCCUUUUCAGACUGGUUUCUUUCACUUAGCAAUCUGCAUUUAACAUUCCUCCAUGUCUUAUCAGGGCUUGAUUGCUCAAUUCAUUUAAUCACUGAACAAUACUCAAUUGUAUGAAUGUACCACAGUAUACCCAUUUAUCUACUAGAGGGCAUCUUGGUUGCUUUGAAGUUGUGGGAAUUAUGACUAAAGUUGCUAUAAACAUUCAUGUGCAGUUUUUUUGUGGGCAUAUAUUUUCACUGAUUUGGGUUAAUAUCUAGCAGCACGAUUGCUGGAUGGUAUGGUCAAUCUAUGUUUAGCUAUGUGAGAAACUGCUUAACUGUCUUCUAAAGUGGUUUUACCAUGUUGCAUUCCCACCAGUAAUAAAUGUGAGUUCCUACAUCCUUGUCAGCAGUUGAUGGUGUCUGAGCUUCAGAUUUUUGCCAUUCUAAUAUGUGUGUGGUAGUAUCUGAUUGUUCCUUUAAUUUGUAAUUCCCUAAUAGGAUAUGAUGUUGAACAUCUUUUCAUAUAUUUAUUAACCAUCUGUGUAUCUUCUUUGGUGAGGUAUCUGUUCAGAUCUUUCACCCAAUUCUGAAUUUUUUAAAUUUAAAUUUCCUUUAGAAGACUUCCUUGCGUAUUUUAGGUAACGGUCCUUUAUCAAAUAGGUAUUCUGCAAAUAUUUUCUCCUAGUCUGUGCCUUGUUUUUUUAAUCUUAACAGUGCCUUUUGCAGAGCAGAAGCUUCUCAUUGUAAUCAAUUCCAACUUGCUAAGUUUACCCACUCCCCAAGGAUUAUGCUUUUGGUGUUGUAUCAUCACCAAACUCAAAGUCACCUACAGUCUCAGGUUAUCCAACAGAUGUUCUAUAGUUUUACAUUUUACAUUUAUAAUUUAAGAAUAUAUAAGGCGUGUGUCAUUUUUUGUAUGUGUAUUUUCCAAUUGUUCUAGCACCACAUAUUGAAGACUAUUUUCUCCAUUAAAUUGCCUUUCCUCCUUUGUCAAAUAUCAGUUGUCUGUAUUUUACAUAGAUCUAUUUUGGGGAUCUCCAUUCUAUUCCAUUGGUCUAUUUGUCUAUUCUUUUGCCAGUGCCAUCUGUCUUGUUUACUGUAGCUUUGUUGUAAGUCUUGAAGUCUGGUAAUAUCAAUCCUCCAACUUCAUUAUUGAAUGUUCUAUGGAUUAUUCCAGGUCUUUUACUUUUUCAUAUAAAAUUCAGAAGUAAGUUAUUGACAUCCAAAAAAUGACGUCCUCCAAUUUUGGUUGAGAUCUCAUUGAAUCUACAAAUAAAGUUGGGAAGACUUGACAUUGGAACAAUACUGACAUUUUCUGGGAAUAUGGAAUAUUUCUCAAUUUAUUGAGGUUUUAAUUUUUUUAUCAGAGGUUUGCUAGUUUACUUCAUAGAGCCUGUACAUAUUUUGUUAGAUUUAUGCCUAAAUAUUUAUUUUUUAUUAUUUUUUGAGGCUAAUACAAAUGGUAUUGUGUUUUUAAUUUCAAAUUCCAAUUGUUCUUUGCUGGUGUUAAGAAAGAAAUUGACCUUUUACCCUGUAGACUUGCUAAAAUUGCUUAUUGAUUACAGGAGGUUUUUGUUUAUUCUUAGGUAUUUUUUACAUAAAAAUCGUAUCAUCUACAAAGACAGAUUUCUUUCUUUCUACUAUGAAUAUCUUUUAUUUUCCUUUCUUGUCUUACAUUAGGUAGGAGGUUUACUAUAAUGUCACAUAGGAGUAGUGAGAGAGGACAUCCUUUCCUUGUUCCUGAUCUUAGAGGGAAAGCAUCUAGUUUCUCACCAUUAAGAAUCUGCAGAUUUUUUCCAUCGAGUUGGGUAAACACCCUUCUAUUCUUAGUUUUGAGUAUUUUUUUUUAAUCAUGAAUGGGUGUUGCAUUUCUUUUUCUUCUUCUAGCACCUUCCCUCUUCUUCUUUCCCCACCUUCUUUUUUUAGUGCAAUGCUACAAUCUUUGCUCACUGAAACCUGCAACCUCCGCUUCUCAGGUUCAAGCAAUUCUCCUGGCUAUGUUUCCAGAGCAGCUGAGAUUACAGGUGCCUGCCACCAUGCCGGACUAAUUUUUGUAUUUUUUCAAACUACAAAAAUUGUAUUUUAGUAAUGCCUGCCACCAUGCCGGACUAAUUUUUGUAUUUUUUCAAACUACAAAAAUUGUAUUUUUAGUACAGAUGGGUUUUCACCACGCUGGCCAGGCUGGUCUCAAACUCCUGACCGCAGGCAAUCCACCUGCCUUGGCCUCACAAAAUGCUGGAAUUACAGGUGUGAGCCACUGUACCUGGUGUUCCCCCAUUAUUUCCUCACCUUUUCACUUUCUCCACCUUCCUUCUUUUUCCCCCACCUUCUUUCUUCAACUUCUCCCACCUUCCCUCUUCUUCUUCUCCCACCUACACUUUUCUUCUUUCCCCAAGUUCCCUUUUUCUUUCUCCAUCUUCUUGCCACUUUUUUCCACCUCCCCUGUUCUUUUCCCCACCUUCUCUCUUCUUCUUUUCCAUUUCCCACCUUCUCUUCUUCUUGCCUCACCUUCCCUCUUCUUCUUCCCCAAACUUCCCUCUUCUUCUUCUCCCACCAUCCCUCUUCUUCUUUCCUCUUUCCCCACUGUCCCUCUUUUUCUAUCCCCAUCUUCCCUCUUCUUCUUUUUCCACUUUCCUCACCUUCCAUCUUCUUUCAUUCCCAGCAUCCCUCUUCUUUCCCACCUUCCCUCUACUUCUUGUGAAGAUUUUCUUUAUUGAUUGAUGUGAUUACAUUAUUAUGUAUAUUUGCAUAUACUUCAUGUCUAAAAUUUAUAUUUUUAAAGAAAAUUUAUUUCUCUAACAUUUUAAGAUUCCUUCGUAUAAAAUUAUAUGUUAUAUAUUUUAUUUAUUUAACAAACAUUUAUUGCACAUACAGUAUGCUGAAAAUUUAUUAGGUAUGGAAGACACAUUAAUAAAGCUGCAUGAAAGUUU